AUGGCUGUAUCGGAACUGACUGCUUCAGCCGUCGCUAUAGGCACAGCGCCAACAGGUCGGCCCAGUGCUCUCCAACGAGCAUCAUCAUCUGCCCAUCCGACAGCCUUGCAGAACCGGGCAGCAUCCAGCAACAGUCCCUUUGUUAGAGCGGGAGAAAACAGUCUCGUAAAAUGGCAGGUUCUGGACGCAGACUCCGUUGAACGAGCCAAGCGAGAGAACAAGCUUCUGUUUCUUCAUAUUGGAUACAAGGCUUGUCAUUUCUGUCGUCUUAUGACGCAAGAGUCAUUCUCGAAUGCAGAAUGUGCUACCAUUCUGAACGAAUCCUUUGUCCCCGUGAUUGUUGAUCGGGAACAGCGUCCCGACAUCGACACCACGUACAUGAACUAUGUGCAGGCUGUGAGCAACGUAGGAGGCUGGCCGCUAAACGUCUUUGCCACCCCCAAUUUGGAACCCGUCUUUGGCGGAACUUACUGGCCCGGACCUGGCACGUCGCGACGAGUUGCGACUGAAGGUGAGGAUGAAUCGCCCGACUGUCUGUCCAUUUUCAAAAAGGUGCGCGACAUUUGGCAUGACCAGGAGACACGAUGUCGCAAGGAGGCUUCAGAGGUCCUGACACAACUUCGAGAGUUUGCCGCCGAAGGCACCUUGGGCACUCGAGGGCUCGGCGGCUCACACCCCGUCACCGUACCGAGCUGGAAUAUCCACAGCAUACCCAGCAUCCCUGAGAGUACCUCCAUUCCCGUCCCGGAAAACGAUGCCCAGGUGUCGAGCGAACUGGAUCUGGACCAGUUGGAGGAGGCAUACACUCAUAUUGCCGGCACAUUCGACCCCGUAUAUGGAGGAUUUGGUCUAGCACCAAAAUUCCUAACGCCUCCGAAGCUAGCCUUCUUGCUACAUCUAAAUACGUUUCCCAGCGCCGUUCAGGAUGUGGUUGGAGAAGCAGAAUGCAAGCAUGCGGCAGAAAUGGCCCUCAUCACCCUUCGAAAGAUCCGCGAUGGCGCACUGCACGACCACAUCGGCGCACUCGGAUUUGCCCGCUGUUCCGUCACGCCUGACUGGAGCAUCCCCAACUUUGAGAAACUAGUAGUCGACAAUGCCCUCUUGCUGACAUUGUACCUCGACGCCUGGCGCCAAUCUGGCGGCAAUGAGAACAGCGAAUUCUACGACAUCGUGCUCGAACUCGCCGACUACUUGAGCUCGCCCCCAAUCGCCCUUCCUGGCGGCGGUCUGGCCACCAGCGAAGCUGCCGACUCUUUCAUGCGACGCGGCGACAGGGAAAUGAGAGAAGGGGCCUACUAUCUGUGGACCAGGCGCGAGUUCGACUCUGUCGUCGACGCGUCAGGCCAAGACAAGCAAGUCAGCCAAGUCGCCGCGGCCCACUGGGACGUCCAGGAAGACGGCAACGUGGACGAAGACCACGAUCCCAACGACGACUUCAUCAACCACAAUAUCCUUCGGGUAGUCAAAACCCCGGCGGAGCUCAGCAAGCAGUUCAACAUUCCCCUCGACACAGUACACCAGCACAUCCAGACCGCCAGAAGGGAGCUCAAAGCAAGACGAGAAAGGGAACGAGUCCGCCCCGAGCUAGACGACAAAGUCAUCACCGCGUGGAACGGGAUCGCCAUCUCCGCCCUCGCACAAACUUCGUCCGCCCUCAAAGCUGUCUACCCCGGCGGCAGUGAAAAGUACCUCCAGGCGGCGAAAUCGGCCGCCGACUUCAUCAGGUCCUCCCUCUGGGACGAAUCCUCCGGGCUCCUAUACAGAAUGUACCGCGAGGGCAGGGAGACGAAAGGCUUCGCCGACGACUACGCGUACCUCAUCCACGGGCUGCUAGACCUCUUUGCCGCAACAGGCGACGAGACACGCCUGGCCUUUGCAGACACCGUCCAAACCUUAGAAACACAAAACUCGCUCUUCCACGAUGCCGACUCGGGUGCCUUCUUCUUGACCACGGCGUCCUCCCCACAGGCUAUCCUCCGCCUCAAGGACGGCAUGGACACUUCGCUCCCGUCCAUCAACGCGGUCGCCGCGUCGAACUUGUUCCGGCUCGGGGCGCUGCUAGAUGACGAGCGCUAUUCGUCACUGGCAAGGGGAACGGUCAAUGCCUUUGAAGCCGAGAUGUUGCAGCACCCGUGGCUGUUCCCAGGCCUGUUGGGCGGCGUAGUGACCGCGAGACUGGGGCUCCAAGGCUCCGUGGGCGACGCAAGGUAUAAAGCUGGACGGCAGAGGCAGGAGUCUGUAUAG